AUGAUUCACAAGCAGUUCCCUGGCCUUGUGUUAGUGCUACUGGUCUUCUUUGUAGAACUGAAACUAGUUCUCCUCCAACAAAGAAUAAAGGAAGAGAAUUUACAACUACUGAAUAAUUUGCAAACCUCAUCGAUCCAGCAGUGUCUGCCAUACAGGAAGAAUUUCCGGCUUCCUCAGAAUUCUGUGAAUUUUCACCAGUACCCAAAAGGGCAUGUACUGGCCAUUCUCCAUGAGAUGCUUCAGCAGAUCUUCAACCUCUUCAAGAAAAAUAUUUCUCUGGGCAGUAGGGAGGAAAACCACAUUCCAAUAUUCCUCACUGAUCUUCAUCAACAACUAGAAUACCUGGAAACACUCUUGGGAUUGGAAGCAGAACAGAAAAGUCAUGCCCAAGGGAGUAAGAACCUUAGAUUGCAGGUUAAAGCAUACUUUCGAAGGAUCCAUAAUUACCUGGAAAGCCAGCGACACAGCAGUUGUGCCUGGACCAUUGUUCAUGCAGAAAUCAACCGGUGUCUGGUCUUUGUAUUCAGACUCAUCAGACAAGAAAUAGACCCUUGACCGGUGUGGAGCAAGAGCCAACCAUAGACUUUAAGUGGAUAAGGUUGGUGGAAGAGCAAGAGGGCAUAUGUAGAUCAUUAUUUUUG